AUGAGGGCCUGUGUGCCCCUGAUAGUGGCCAUGCUCUGCAGCCUGGCCUGGGCUGGAAAAAUGGAGUCAUGUGCGUCUCGCUGUAAUGAGAAAUUUAACCGGGAUGCCGCUUGCCAGUGUGACCGCCGGUGUCCCCGACAUGGGGACUGCUGUGAAGACUAUGAGCACCUGUGUACCGUGGAAGAGGAGCCCAAAGAGCCAGAGCCAUUCCUGGAGCUGGAGGAAGGGACGGAGGAGGCCCCAGUGAGCCAUUUGUACUUGGCGCCCAACUCCUGUCGGGACCGCUGCCGGGAGGCCUUCGACAGGCACCAGCCAUGCCACUGCGAUGCCCGCUGCCCAGAGUUUGGGAACUGCUGCAACGAUUUCGAGAGCCUGUGUGGCCAUGACGAGGGCUUCUCCUACAGCAGUGAUGCCAUAACCAAGGAGGAGCUGCAGAGCAUCUCGGAGAAGAUCUACAGGGUAGACACCAACAAAGCCCAGAAGGAAGACAUCAUUAUCAACAGCCAAAACUGCAUCUCACCCUCGGAGACCCGAGACCAAGUGGACCGGUGCCCGGAGCCGCUCUUCACAUAUGUCAACGAGAAGCUGUUUUCCAAGCCGACCUACGCAGCCUUCAUCAACCUCCUCAACAACUACCAGCGGGCCACAGGCCAUGGGGAGCACUUCAGCGCACAACAGCUGGCAGAGCAGGAUGCCUUCCUCAGAGAGGUCAUGAAGACUGCGGUCAUGAAGGAACUCUAUGGCUUCCUCCGUAGCCAGAACCGCUACAGCUCGGAACAAGAGUUUGUCAGCGACUUGAAGAACAUGUGGUUUGGGCUCUAUUCAAGAGGCAAUGAAGAGGGAGACUCAAGUGGCUUCGAACAUGUCUUCUCAGGUGAAGUCAAAAAAGGCAAAGUCACUGGCUUCCAUAACUGGAUCCGCUUCUACAUGCAGGAGAAGGAGGGCCUGGUUGACUAUUACAGUCACAUCUACGAUGGCCCUUGGGAUUCUUACCCCGACGUGUUAGCCAUGCAGUUCAACUGGGACGGCUACUACAAGGAGGUGGGCUCAGCCUUCAUCGGCAGCAGCCCUGAGUUUGAGUUUGCACUCUACUCCCUGUGCUUCAUUGCCAGGCCAGGCAAAGUGUGCCAGUUAAGCCUGGGUGGAUACCCCUUGGCCAUCCAGACCUAUACCUGGGACAAGUCCACCUACGGAAAUGGCAAGAAAUACAUUGCCACAGCUUAUGUGGUAUCUUCCACCCAAUAGAGCUUGGAGCCAGACAUGGGCCCGAGGA